AUGCCCAAGAUCUACCUAUACGCUGAAUUACUUACCCAUAUUCGGACAUUGAGCUUGCAUGCGUCGUUGCAGACCAAGAAAAGGGAAGGAACCAAGGUCGAUGUUUCCACAGACAAAAAGGUCGUGACCGUAACUCAUGAUGGUGAAACGCAGCGACUGUAUCUACCUACCCAGAUCAAAGGUGAUGCGUCGAUAACUUUUCCACUACAAAAGGCUACUGAGAUAUCCGCAAGAGUGCAGAUCGAGGAUGAGCAUGAAUGGAAAUGCACUGUUAGCGAUGAGAUUGAAGCACCAUGGAUGGCUUCAGAUUUGGCCAGUAACACAGAGGUCAAAUGUAGGCACUGCAAGGUGAAUAUUUUGGAGCCUGGAAGGAUCAACCAGUGGAAGAACCUGCCCAGUGAGAAUUGGGCAGAACUGAUGGAUUUCUGGUUCUGCCAUAAACCACAUGAAGGUGAGCACGAGGAACAUGCUGCAGAAGCGAAGGGCUUCUCUGCGAAGAGCAAGCUCGCUAUGGCUCGUGGCACUGGUAUGACCGACCUCGUUUCAGUUGUACUACACGUGAGUGAUUGCUCCAACAUCAAGGCUGCGGAAACAAAGACAAAUCCAGAUUUAACUGUACUGAGGUGCACCAACUGUACAGAAGUCCUGGGCACGACAAACCAGGAAGAGUUGCUGGUACGCUUGCAUAAGUCCAGCAUUGCAGUACGCAACAACAACUCAGCCGAGUUUCUGACUUACCCCUAUCCGAUUUUUGCCUGUGCUCAGAUUCUAUCGUUGAUCGAAUCGACUGCACUAAAGAAGUUUGUAGCAUAUACUGCAACGACCGAAGGUGGGGACGAUAGCUCCGUACAGCCACUUGAGCUCUGGGUUUUCAACCCAGAUAUCUAUUACUCAUGUUCAGCCUUCGAAGGUAAUUCGAGACUAAGUAACGCAGUGCCUGCUGAAGCAGAUAGUUCCUUGAAGCUAAAUCAAGACGAUAGAUCACAAAUCUACGACGAUCAAUCAGCAAAUGAAGCAAACGAGGUCACAGACACGAAGAUGAGUACAGAAGAGAGCUCAGACAUACAGACUCAUAGGAAGACUGCCCCCAGAUCGGAAUUGAGUAAUCCUCACGGCGAUGACAUCUCUCAGAUCUAUGGAGCCAAACCUGAUCGGCCUCAGAUGGUCGAAGGUGAGAUCGAGAUCGAAGUCCCUGUACGAAGCAAGGAGGAACAAACCGCCGAACAAUCAAGUGCUGGUGUUGCAUCCUUCAUGGACUCCGAGACACCCCUCGUUACAUCGAAAAGAUCUCAAAGAGCGGAUUUGCACUCAAGCAAGAACGGAGAGCCUGUUGCUGUACAUCCCACAGAACACGUCAACCUUGUCCACCGUGCCUGCAAGAUCUUUUACAAACCACUACCAAAGGACGUCGAUGUCACCACGUUCCUCCAGUCCCAUUCCAGCUCCUAUGAAGAACUUUUCAUUACCUACGCGCAAGAUCUCCAGUCACUUCGGGAAACUCUUGAGAAAUCUACAGCCAUGCUUCCUGCCAGUGCACGGACCUUCCAAGACUGGAGUGUCGGUCUGUUGCAUAGGUACGAAAAAGUACCAAGUGGACUUGGUGUAAUGCAGGAAAAUCCCCUAGCUCGAGGCAUCAAGGCUAAGGAUGGUCGAGUCACUCGGUGGGACAUAGGACAUGGUGCUGAGGGGUUAUACGCGUGA